CACCGGUCCUCUCCACACCCUGACACCGCCGCGUUCCGGGCACAGAGCGGCGCGGCUCCGGGUAGCCCAGUUAACCCGGUAGAAGACGCUGGAUUCGAAGAUUUGCUUUUCCUGUCACAGAUGCUCGCCUGGAGCGCGCAAAGGAGGCUUUACGCGUCUGAAUGAGCUGUUCCAGGGAGCCAGGCUGGGCUGCAGACUGCGCGACUUGUUGCGCUUCUUCCGGGCUGCGCUUCCAUCCCAGGGCCGAACCUGCAUGUGAUGCUCGGGUUGGAGGGGAGUAGGAUGUGCCGUGGAGCGCGCGCACAAACAGCCUAAAGUCACGUUUCUCCGGAACUAUGAAGUCCGCCACAUAAAUACGCGAGUUUGGAGAGCAGUUUGCGCCCCGCUUUAUAAUGGCACCACUCCACCACAAUAGCAAACUUUCUUCAGGUCCAUUCCCGUAAAGUGCUGAAAUUCUUCCGAACUGAGCCUCUUUCCUUCUGGCUGCCGACAUGUCUGAGCGCGAUGGAUGCGGAGACGGGCUGUGCGGAGACUCCGCGCCGGAUUUCAUCCCGCCGAGAGCGUCCCGCGGCCGGCGCAGCGGGGUCAUCCUCCCUGGAGGUGGAGGCGGUCAGGACUCAGACACCAUCCUGCUGGAGUCGGUGAAGGCAGCUCCGCGCCGCAGCAGCAUCAUUAAGGAUCCCUCGGUGCAGAAGGUGGGUGGCGGCAGGAAGAAGACGGUGUCCUUCAGCAGCAUGCCCUCCGAGAAGAAGGUCAGCAGUGCAGCCGACUGCUUGGCUUUCAUGCAAGGUGGGUGUGAGCUUAAGAAGAUCCGACCCAACUCCAGGGUCUACUGUCGAUUUUACACCUUGGAUGCAGACCUGAGCUGCCUUCGCUGGGAGCCGUCCAAGAAGGACGCAGACCGGGCUAGACUGGACGUCUCCAGCAUCAGGGAGGUCCGCACUGGGAAGAGCACAGAGACCUUUCUUCAUAACGGCCCUCUGCUGGAACACCUCGCAGAGGAAGCAGCCUUCUCCAUCAUCCACGGCGAUGAGUACCAGUCUCUAGACUUGGUGGCAUUGUCGGCUGAUGUGGCCAACAUCUGGGUGACGGGGUUGCGGUACCUCCUUGCCCAUCCUUCAAUCAUUGGAGCGGCUGGAGGAGUAGGAGGAGGGCCGGGCGAUGGAGGCAGCGUAGCGGUGGAAGGCAGCCUGGGGAGCAAGAUGAGGAGCGAGUGGCUGGCGGCGGAGUUUGCGCUGGUCGACGAAGACGGCUACGGGAUCGUAUCAGAGGAUGUAGCGGUGGCUACAGUCUGCAAACUCUGCCCUGGGAUCAAAGAGGCCAAGGUCCGCCUACGGUUUAAGGAGAUCCAGCGCAGCAAGGAGAAGCUCACCUCCCAUGUGACACGGGAGGAGUUCCAGGAGGCCUACUGUGAGCUUUGCACGCGACCUGAUGUUUACUUCCUCCUGGUUCAACUGUCCCAGGACCGGGAGUGCCUUGACCCUCAGGACCUCCGCCUCUUCUUGGAGACAGAGCAAGGAUUGUCUCUAGCUACGACCGAAGGCUGCUGGGAGCUCCUGAUGCGCUACGAGCCCUCGGCCCAGGGCAGGGAGAGGGGCCUGCUGGGUUUGGAUGGAUUUGCUCGGUACCUGCAGUCACCCGAGUGUCAGCUGCUGGACCCGGAGCACCUGGGGGUUUGCCAGGACAUGAACCUGCCUCUGUCCCACUACUACAUCAGUACGUCGUACCGCUCCUACCUGCUUGAUGACCAGGUCCAUGGAAGAGCGGACCUCGGAGGGCUGACCAAGGCUCUGCAAUCAGGCUGUCGAUGCCUGGAGCUGGGCGUCACAGACGGUCCUGAGGGCGAGCCUCUGCUUGGGGUCGACUACGGGCCUGAUAUUUCCCGCCACCAUCAUCACCAUCACCACCAUGCACCCGUUACUAUCCGCUCGGCGCUGGAGGUGGUGAAUAAAUACGCCUUCCUGACGUCGCAGUACCCACUCCUGCUUUACUUGUGUCACCGGUGCUCACCAGGUCAGCAGCGCACCAUGGCACACCACCUCAAGAAAGUGUUUGGAUCCCGGCUCUAUAAACCCGAGGCCCUACAUGUGAGCCUGGGAGGGAGGGCGACCACCCUUCCCUCCCCGGAGCAGCUGAAGGGGCGGAUCCUUAUUGUUGGGAAAAAGCUCCCUCCAGAGGAGGACGGCUCUGACGGGGAGGUAUCAGAGGAGGAUGAGGAGAUAGGAGGAGGGGGGCCCCUGGCUGGAAGAAGGAUGACCAUCCCCGGGGAGGAGGAACUAGGUGUGGUCUUGGUAGUGCCUCCUCCUUCUCAGCCCAGGAAGCUAACCCUCCAUAAAGACCUGUCGGACCUGGUUGCUGUUGUUCGGACAAGCAGCCGCAGCUUUUACGCUCAGAGAGGAAGUAACAAGCAGAGUCAGUCGCCCCCCAGCAGCCCCUCGUCCCCCGGAUCACCCCUUCCCCCUGACAUGCCUUACUGGACCAUGUGCUCUCUGGGCGAAGGAGAGGCUGGACGGCUGACGAGCGAAAGCCCAGAGGACCUCGUUCAGUUCACCAAACGCACCCUAACCAGGGUACGACCCAGCUCAGUGCGCCUGGACUCCAGUAACCCCAACCCACAAGGAUACUGGAAAGGAGGGGUCCAGCUAGUGGCCUUAAACCAGCAGACUCCAGGCGCCAUGCUGGACCUCCAUCGAGGCCGCUUCUCACAGAACGGGGGUUGCGGCUACGUCCUACGGCCAGCUGUGAUGAGGGACGCAGUUUCGUACUUCAGUGCCCACACCCAUGGCUGCGUGCCGGGAGUCCCACCCCAAACUCUGCGCAUUAAGGUCAUCAGUGCCCACAACCUGCCAAAGCCUCAGGGGUCCGGGGCCAAGGGGGAAGUCAUUGACCCGUACGUAGUGUUGGAGGUGCACGGCGUCCCGGCCGACUGCGCCGAGCAGCGGACGCGCACCGCCGCUCAGAACCAGGAUGAGCCGAUGUUUGAUGAGACAUUUGAGUUUCAGGUGAACAUGCCUGAGCUGGCCUUGCUGCGCUUUGUGGUGCUGGAUGAUGACUACAUCGGGGACGAUUUCAUCGGCCAGUACAGCGUGGCCUUCGAGUGCCUUCAGCCGGGCUACCGGAACGUGCCCCUGCUGGGCCUGGCAGGAGACCCCUUACCACACACCAGCCUUUUUGUCCACGUGGCCGUUACCAACCGGAGGGGGGGAGGAAAGGCCCAACGGCGAGGCCUGUCGGUGAGGAGGGUGGGGCGACGAGGGAGGGAGUACGUCUCUCUGAGGCACACCGGGAUCAAAGCGCUGGAUGAGGUGUUCAAGCAAGCCAGCGGCCCCAUCAAGGAGGCCACCGACCUGCGGGAGGAUGCUCAGUGCUCCACGGCCAGCUUCAAGGAUCAGUGCGGGCUCCCCACCGUGGCCAAACUGAAACAGUGCAUCCAGAGCUUGGCUACAAGACUUCAGAGCCCCGAGGGAGCCAUGGGGGCCGCCAUGGUGCUGAGGGAGGGCUACCCCUGUCUGGAGCCGCUGGUCAGCCUCUCGGAGGCGACUCGUAAACUGCUGUCUGCCUACGACACGAUGAUCACUGCCCAGAAACAUCUGAUCGAGAACACAGAUGUUGUUCAGGAGAGGAUCGACCAGGUGCACAGAGAAGGAAUGGAGCUCCAUGAGGAUCUGUCCAGGCUCUGUGAGAAAGAGGGACUGAAGGGGCGGAAGCUGAACAAGGCCGUGGAGGGCUUCACCUGGAACAUCACCGUGCUCAAGGGGCAGAGUGACCUGUUACGCGGAGCUAAGAUGGACUCCCUGGACACCCUGCGGCAGCUGGCUCUGGCCUGCGAAGCCUGCGGCCUCACCCCCUCUCCCUCCAACUCCUCCAACAGCUUCUCCACCGCGGAGCUCCACUACUCCUCCCAACACGCGUCGGGCCGGCGGGGCAGCACGCACGGCAACGGGCGCGUCUGACCCCCCAUCCGAAAUCUAAAGAGGGGAGAGUGGUGGGGGUCAUUUCGGCAGCGUAUCCCUUUAAGCAGCGACGAGACUGAAGCCUUAUUGUGGUGAUGAUGGUACAGCCAGCAGAGACUCAUGAAUGUCUGCAGCAGGAACAGAAGAUCCUGAACUCUGGUGGAUUAGUCUGUGGCCAUCGCUGACUCCAUGCAACAGAAGGAAAUGAAUGUAGAGUGGCCUCAGCAUUUCAGCCGCUUCCUGGACGUUCCUCUGUGUUGUGAACAAACCGAAGUCUUUCUAAAAUCCUUCCCUCACAAGUUCCUCUGCUUCAGAUGUAGCUGCAGGUAACAGAAAAAAAACAACAGCUGAACGACUGAACUCUGUUCUGUGGAAGGUGGCGGCGUCUUUAUAGCUAAGGAGAAGGUUUGGAUUCAAGAGGAGCUUCAGGUUUGCAGUGCCUUGCAAAAGUAUUCAUACCCCAGUAAAAUAUCCACAUUUUCUCAUGUUGAAUUCAUCCUCAGCGUGUCGUUUUAUAGGGAUUUAAUGCGACACUCAAAGCAGCAGGAAGUCAUGGAGACAAACUACAGAGAGAAUUUUGUUCCAUUAUUAUUGCAAAAAAAAAAAAAAAAAGAUUUUGAAAGUAGAAAAUGCAAUA